ACAAACUGGUAAUAGGACACGCUAGAUCCUGCAGCUAAUUCUGGUUAGUAGCUUGUGUUCCCAACUACUAUUUGAAGUCUUCACACCCAUUUCGUUCUCCUGCAGUAAAUUUCACAUUCCAUUUUCUAGAACACCCAGAACAACUGGCAAUAUUAAAAAUGGAAAAAGAUGGUAAGUGCUGCAUGUACAUUCGAGGCGUGAACUUCGCUAACUCUUUCUUAAUACGAUCAGACCAAACCAGUAAUGUCACACCAAAGAGAUCCGAUGACGUUGAGGCAAUACCGAACUCACUCGGUGAUGACAGUUCGUCGCCGCGCGCUCUUACGAUGAUUGACGAGGCAGCCUUGGUCCGAAAAAUUGAUCGUCGUUUACUUCCCAUGUUGUUUCUCAUUUAUGUGGCAGCUUUCCUUGAUAGGUAGUUGGCACUUGAUCCCAAAGAAACAAGUUCCGUUUUUGUAAGACUGACCAAUUCUAUGUAUAGAGUGAAUAUAUCAAAUGCAUUGACAAUGAGUCUUCCAAAAGAUCUCGGCCUUGUUGGAGUAGAUCGCAAUAUCGCCCUGACAAUCUUCUUUGUUCCAUACAUACUUUUUGAGAUCCCUUCCAAUAUUUUCAUGAAACGUUUCCAACCGCACAUAUGGUGUAUGGGUCCCUACAUCUGCCGUUUUGUAACACCAUCUAAUUUGAACUAGUAUCGGGGUCGAUACUUGCUUUCGGAAUUGUCAUGUUCGCCCAAGGUUUUGGUAAGUUUGGCCUUCUAUUAUCUAUUCAUGACUGUCUAAUCUAACAUGGGUAUUAGUCAAAAGCUAUAGUGGAUUACUCGCUACAAGAUUUUUCCUUGGCCUCGCAGAAGCGGGCAUCUUUCCUGGGAGUAUGUUAAUAUUGGUUGUGUCAAACCUUGCUUGACUAACAGCCUCUAGGUUUCUAUUUGAUCAGCAUCUGGUACAAACGCGAGGAGUCAUUGCGCCGCUUCACUGUUUACUGGUGCUCAGUUCUCAUCUCCAGUGCAUUUGGUGGUCUUCUUGCUAGCGCUAUUGCCAACAUGGAUGGCUUACAAGGGUUACAUAACUGGCGGUGGAUAUUCAUCCUCGAGGGGAUCUUUACUGUGCUUAUUGGCAUUGCUUCAUUCUUUCUCGUAUCAGACUUUCCAGAGAGUGUGAGCUGGCUGACCGAAGAGGAGAAAAAGCUCGCGAUUGAAAGAGUAGGAGUAAAGGAUGGUGAUCGCGAGAUUACGGUUCAUGAUGUUUUGAGAUUCUUCAAAAACUUCAAAAAUGUCCUUGGGGGUAUAAUGUACCUAAGUAAGUGAUUCAACCUACAAUAGUCUAGUAUAUGACUAAUAGUAUUUCUAUAGCGCUCGUUGUUCCAAUUUACUGUAAGUUUUCAACGCUUCUUCUCCCGAUGUAAAGUCACUAAUAUUAUAUCAGCUUUCGCAUAUUUCACUCCAACAAUCAUCAGAACAUAUGGCUACAACGUCAUUCAAACACAGCUUCAUACUGUGCCGCCUUUCGCUGCAGCGCUUGGCCUCUGUGUUGUGGUAGCAUAUGCAUCCGAUCGUUUAAAAAUCAGGUGGCCCUUCGCUGCGCUGGGCCUUGGGCUAGCAAUUGUUGGUAAUGGGAUACUAAUGACUAUGCGUGACUCGUUUUCUGCCGAGUAUGCUGGAAUCUGCCUAGUUGCCAUGGGUACUUUUUCUGGAGGUGUGGUGAUCGUAUGCUGGUACGUUAUGAAUCUUCAAGGUCAUGUUGAGAGAGCGAUUGGAACGGCAUGGAUGAUUGGAUUUGGAAAUGCAGGGGGUAUCAUUGCCACCUUCUCCUUCUUAACUACAGAUGCUCCCCACUAUCAUACAGGUUAUUCUAUCUGUAUGGGGGCCAUUUGUAUCUGCGCCGCAUCGUGUACUCUUUACGGAAUUCUCUGCAUUGUUCACAAUAGAAAAUUGGGAGUAACAGCAAGCGGCGAGAACAAGGGCAAGCAAUACGCUUUGUAAUUGGCGAAAACGUAUGCACGGGUGCUUUGUAAUGACAAGGUUCUGGAUCCUCAUCAGACGGUUAUUAGCUUCAUUUUUAUGCAUGUCAUUACGAUGUGAUUAAAACAGCGAGAUAACUGACGGCUGGCCUAUUUUCCGAAUGUUAUAGCCUUA